AUGUCCCCCAGGAUUUACGUUUCGGAUGUUCCCUCAGUUUCUGUUAUAUCCGAGUCUAUCGUCACUCAUCUUUUAGCUUCUCGCCCUGGUCAACCUUCCAAUUUCAUAGGUCGUUAUCCCGACCAUUUCCCAGCUUUUGUCGAUGCAGACACAGGCACCACCAUCACUCGCGCUCAGUUCAAAUCUCUUGUGUUUCGGUUCGGACAUGGGCUCACCACGAUUGGCGCAAAACGUGGAGACACCCUCCUCGUGUUUUCUCCUAAUUCUCUUGCGUAUCCCAUCGUGGUUUGCGGAGCAAUUGCGGCGGGUAUCCGUUGUACACUCGCAAAUACCGCAUACACUGGAAGAGAGCUAGCUCAUCAAUACCACGAUAGUGGUGCACAUCUUCUCAUUACCACUGCAGAUGGGUUGCCUGUGGUCAGGGACAUGUUCAAGUCGUUGUCCAUUUCCGAAACGGAAGGUGAUAACCGAAUCAUAGUCCUGAGUGAUGGGCUUUCCUGGGCUGAAGGUUCAGCGUCGCCAUCAAGGAGCGAAAUAAAAGACUUAUUGACUAUGGAAGAACUCUUGACGCGCGGGUCCCUGUCCAGGGAAGAGCGUUUCGAUGGCGAACUAGCCAAGUCGGAGACCGUAUUUUUGUGUUAUAGCUCAGGAACCACAGGAAAACCAAAAGGCGUCGAGACGACGCAUCGAAAUGUCGUAUCCGUUAUCAACAUGGUAGAACCCACUUUCAUAGAAACAGCACCUGACAAGGAUCGUAUGCUUGCGAUCCUUCCGUUCUAUCAUAUAUUCGGUCUCGUCAAGUCGUUAUUAUUCACCUUCCACAUAGGAGUGGCGACGGUUAUUCAACAACGCUUCGAGCCCGUUCAAUUCUGUGCCAACGUCGAAAAAUAUAAGAUCACUCUUGCACUGGUAGUACCACCUGUCUUGGUUCUCCUUGCGCGUCAUGAAGGCGAGUGUCUCCCAUUUCAAAGAUACUCAAGUUUCUAA